UGCAGCCGUGCCACGCCCCGGCCAUGGCGCGCCGGGCCAACCACACCGCCUUGCCAUCCGUGAACGCCACCGCGGCGGCGGCGGCGGCCAUGAUCACCUCCUCCCCGUCCCCGCCGAGGCCGCCGCUCCCCACCCCCGCCAACGCCGGCGCGUGGGGCCCCUACGCCAGCUCCCGGGCGUUCUUCUCCAACGUGGCCACCAUCCUCAUCAUCCUCGCCUGCGUCUCCCUCCUCGCCUUCUUCCUCCACGCCGCCGCGCGGUGCCUCGUCCGCUGCCUCGGCCGGCGCCGCGACGCCGGGUCUCUCGAGAUUCAGGCUCAGGCCCAGCCGCCGAAGCCCGCGUCCGACCACGGCGCCGCGUCCGCUAGCUCCGAGGCGGCCGGCGCCGCGUCCGGGGUCCCGAUGGUCGGCGGGUGGGCCGAGGCGGAGUGCGCCAUCUGCCUGUCUGAGAUGGCGGACGGCGGCGAGCGUGUCCGCGUUCUCCCGGCGUGCGGGCACGGCUUCCACGGCGCCUGCGUGGAGGGCUGGCUCGCGGCGCGCGCGUCCUGCCCCACCUGCCGCGCGCCGUCGCGGGCGGGCGGGCCCGAGCCCUAGCCCGCCAACCAACCACAGGUCGUGCUGCUCCCUCCUCUUCCCUGCCUCUCCUUCAGCUCGCCGCCACCUCCGGCCUCUGCCCGUGGCGCAGACACGAAGUGACAACAAGUACAUUAUGUUGCUGAAGCUACUUCACAUUUUACCUAUGUUGAUGUUCAUCGAGUACAAAGAAGUACCACUGCUAUCCACUCCUAUCCUUCCAUGGUUCGUGAAUCGUGACAAAUCGAUCGACAGUAGCGACCGACCUGCUCGUCCAUUUGGAUUAAAACGAAUCCUCUCCCGUUUUCGUCUCAA